CCGCCGAAACCCGAAAUGCGUUGGCUAUCGAUUCUGUGUGUUUGUCUGCUGCUAGCGGUAUGUGUGGCGCACGAUCGUGAAGAUCAGUUGGCAGGCAAUAGUUCCCUGAGGACACUCUCAAGACAGGAACGGAAAGUGCUUCUCUUCCCGAUCACAACCACAUUGCAGGUCAGCAUGUUAACCGCCACCGAUGGACGUCUGUUUGCGCCGAAGAAGAAGUACCCGGCCCGUAAGCUGGGCAUCAAUCUUGGAUUUCAGCAAAACUUUAACCUACCGUUUCGGUUGCUCGAGUUCUACAAACCACCCACGUGGGCCCGUGCAAUCGCCGGCAUCAUCCGUGGCCAGUUCCCGUCCACGUCCGUGGUGACGGCCCGCAGCUGGAAGCGUUCCACCGAACACCAAUCACCAAUCGGUCUCAGUGCCGGGCAGCUGUACUCGUCGGUGGAAGACUUCCUGCAUGUGUUUGGAUACGAAAAGGACUGUCUGCUGAAGAGUGUCUGUGAGCUGGCGCACAGCCCGUUCGAACGUACCGAGCAGCCGGAGCAGCAGGACUUCAUGACCGAGGUGGUACACCUGUUGCUGAGCCCGUCGGUACACGAAUCGUUUGCCGCGGAGGAAACGGAACAGAAGCGUGCGUACGAAAUGGCCGAACGACUCGGCGCUAGUGGCGCUAACUGUGAUCUAAUCUACGAUCGAUGCCAUCGGUCGGUUUUGAGUGACUUUUCGAAUCUGCUGGACGUUGACACUGCUUAA